AUGCAAUCCCUCUCCCUCCUUCAUGUAGCAACAUUGGCCAUGGAGAAAUUUCACCACCUUUCUCCACUUGGACUUGUGUUACUACUAUGUUUUCUUUCAGCUUCUUUCGCCAUGUUCCCGACCAAUAGUACCACUGAUCAGUCAUCUCUUCUUGCCUUGAGAGCUCACAUUUCAGUUGACCCUCUACAAAUCUUGGCCAAAAACUGGUCCGUUGGCUCUUCGGUCUGCCAUUGGAUUGGAGUCUCUUGUGGCUCUCGUCAUCGUAGAGUGACUGCCCUGGACAUUUCAAACAUGGGCCUUACCGGCAUCAUCCCUCCACAACUGGGAAAUCUAUCAUUUCUUGUUUCUCUUGACAUGAGUGCGAACAACUUCCAUGGAGAACCACCACAUGAGUUUGUCGGAUUGCGCCGAUUAAAACUCCUUAAUUUGAGUGUCAACAAUCUCGAAGGAGAGUUACCCUGGUGGAUUGGUUCAUUUCCUCAACUUCGUCUUUUGAAUCUUAGAAACAAUAGUUUCACUGGUCUUAUCCCUUCUUCCAUCUCUAACAUGUCAAAGCUAGAGGAGAUAAGUCUGUCGUACAACCUUCUGCAAGGAAGCAUUCCCACGGGGAUCUUCAAUAUUUCCUCCCUGCAAUUGAUUCGCCUAACGGGUAAUGGCCUAUCUGGAACUAUUCCAAGUGAUAUGUGUCACCAUCUUCGAGGACUAAGUUUGCUUGCCCUGUCACAGAAUAAGCUGAAUGGUCAAUUACCCUCAAGUUUAGGCCAAUGUUCAGAACUUCAGACACUGUCUUUGUCUUUCAACGGCUUCAGAGGAUCCAUACCGAAAGAAAUUGGGGACCUGAAGAAGCUCGAGGUGCUAUAUUUGGGUAUCAACUAUUUCGAAGGUGAAAUUCCAAAAGAAAUUAGUAACUCAACCAUGAUGAAAGUGCUAGAUCUCUCAACAAACAACUUAGCAGGUGUAAUACCACGAGAGAUUGGUAAAUUGUACAUUCUCCAAUUACUCAACUUAGAAGUCAAUAACUUAACUGGUUUGAUACCAUUAGAGAUCUUCAACUUGUCAACACUAGUUAUCAUGUCAUUUGUAGAAAAUCAACUUUCAGGCAAUCUUCCAUCCACAUUUGGCUAUAGACUUCCCAGCUUAGAAAGGCUUUUCCUUGGCAUGAAUUCCUUCUCUGGAGUAUUACCUGACUCAAUCUUAAAUUCUUCUAAACUUCAUAAUGUAGAUAUUUCUUAUAACAAGUUCACAGGUCCACUUCCCACUUCCUUGGGGGACCUAAGUCUUUUAAAACGGUUGAAUCUAGCGGGGAACAAUUUAACAAGUGACUCCUUAUCUCUAGAGUUAAACUUCAUCACUUCAUUGUCAAAUUGCAAAUUUUUGUCAGUAUUAGAAUUGAGUGGCAAUCCAUUGAAUGGGAUCCUUCCGGACUCGGUUAGUAAUCUUUCAACUUCCCUUGAAAGAUUAUAUUUAGCAGAUUGUAAAAUCAAGGGCAGCAUUCCUGAUGGAAUGGGAAACCUUAGCAGUUUGAUCCUAUUAGAUCUAUCAAUCAAUGAGUUAAGUGGGCCGUUUCCAGCUAGAAUAAAAGAUUUGCAAAAGCUACAAUAUAUGGAUCUUAGUAGGAAUAAACUAACUAGCAGAAUCCCCCUGAAUUUUCUUUGUGCUUUCCACAACUUGGCUACAAUAGAUCUUGGACAAAAUCAAAUUAUGGGCUCAAUUCCAAAGUGCUUGGGAAAUCUUAUUUCCCUAAGGCACCUUAACCUAAGUUACAAUAGACUAUAUUCUGCUCCACCUGAGGAAAUAUGGAACCUAAAAGAUCUCUUAAUGCUUGACCUCUCCUCAAAUCUGCUGAGUGGAUCUUUGCCAUAUGCUAUUAUGAAUAUGGAGAUGGCAAAUUGGGUUGAUUUGUCGACCAAUCAGUUCUCAGGUGUCAUUCCUGACUCAAUUGGCCAUAUGCAGAACCUGAAAAAUCUUUCUUUAGCACACAACAGAUUGCAAGGAUCAAUCCCAGAGUCGAUUGGUAAGAUGUUAAGCUUGGAGUCAUUGGAUCUAUCACAUAACUUUCUCUCUGGAUCAAUUCCAAUGUCAAUGGAGAACCUUCGGUAUCUUAAAUAUAUCAAUCUCUCUUUUAACAAUUUGAGUGGUGAAAUUCCAUCCAAAGGGCCAUUUACAAACUGCACUGCCGAAUCCUUCGGUUUAAAUCAUGCCCUCUGUGGAGCUCAGAGGUUUCACGUGCCCCCAUGCCCAAGUAUUUCAGCUCACAAAUUGAGAACAAAAAAGCUGCAUCGAACCAUUUUUAUUUCACUCGGGGUAAUAAUAGCAGUGGGAGUCUUGUCUUUUGGAUUUGUUUACCUGAGAUAUCGAAAGAAAGAUGAAUUUUCCAGUGGAGCAAAUUUAUCCUUAGUUGCAAUGCCAGAAAGAAUUUCAUAUUUUGAACUUCUACAAGCAACUAACGGGUACAAUGAAAGCAAUUUGCUGGGGACUGGAAGCUUUGGAUCUGUUUAUAGAGGUACUCUUGAUGAUGGAAGGGUCGUGGCUGUUAAAGUGUUCAAUUUACAAGUCGAAGGAGCAUUCAGGAGUUUUGAUGUAGAAUGUGAGGUGCUACGCAAUCUUCGCCAUCGAAACCUCACAAGAGUCAUCAGUAGUUGCUCUAACCCUGAGUUUAAGGCAUUAGUCCUCGAGUUCAUGCCUAAUGGCAGUCUUGAGAAGUGGCUGUAUUCCCACAAUUAUUUUCUAGAUAUGAUGCAGAGAUUGGACAUAGUGAUUGAUGUGGCAGGUGCAUUGCAAUAUCUCCACUGUGAGUAUUCAACUCCAGUAAUUCACUGUGAUCUGAAGCCAAGUAAUGUGCUGUUGGAUCAAGACAUGGUUGGCCAUCUAAGUGAUUUUGGCCUUACAAAGUUGUUGGGCGAGGAAAACAGCAUCACAUACACCGAAACACUAGCCACACUUGGCUAUCUCGCACCAGAAUAUGGGUUGGAAGGAUUGGUAUCAGCAAAAUGCGACAUCUACAGUUUUGGAAUUAUGAUAAUGGAAGUCUUCACAAGAACAAAUCCCAACAGUGAAAUGUUUGGUGAAAAAUUGAGCCUGAAGAGCUGGGUGGCUAAUUCAAUACCUGAUGGAUUAGCUCAUGUCAUAGAUGCUAAUUUGCUAAAGGAGAAUGAUGAAUAUUUUGGUGAAAAGCUAAGCUGCAUAGCCUCAAUCAUGAAAGUGGCUUUGGACUGCAUGAUGGAGUCUCCAAGAGAGAGAAGCAGCAUAAAAUAUGUUCUUGUUGCGCUGAAAAAGAUCAAGGUUCAGUACAUGAGUCCCCUGUGUUCAGGGACUUAAUGGUGCAUGCAUGUUAUAAAUUUGAAGUGGUGUUGUACUGGUAGGGCGGGGAAAAAUCUCAACAACACUAUUUUUCCUCUUGACUUCUUUACAUAUUUUUAUUUUAUGCGUCAAUGUUGCCAUUUUAUCUUGUUCUUUCACCGGAAACAAAACAGUGGUCAUGU